AGUCAUGGCUCCUACGCCUCAGGGUGUGGUUACUGCAACUCUAAGGAAGAUACUUCACAUAAAUUUGGUUUAAGUGCGAUUAAACUGACCUGCCAGGAUUAUCAAGACCUUAUUGAUCGAGGCUGGCGACG